AUGGCGAUACACUUCGAGGCUGACGCUGGUCGUACCGACGGGCAGGUCGGACUGCUGAGCUGGCCUGCCUCUGGCGCCAGUAGUAGCCAGGAGCAUCGCGUCCUCCUCUGCGUCUCGUGCAGGGUCGGGCUCCGGCCGGACGACGGCAUACGACUACACUUCCUGCGGAAGCACCGACUCAAGGGCGAGGCACUACGCCAAAUCAGGGACUACAGCUACGCUGUCGAGCCGAUCACGAGCCCGUACACCGUACCAGUGCCAGCCGACGGAUCACCGCAUAUAGAGCAGCUACCGGUAUUAGACGGCUUCAGCUGCUCGGACUGCCGCUUCCUAACGACGAGCUGGAAGAGUCUAUCUCCGGGGAGCCAUGCCCGGUACUGGGUAGUCAAGGAAGGAACGCGCGGCAUAACAGGCUCGGGCACAACUAGCGCGACCUCCUCACAGCCCGCAUUACUCGAGCGGGUUACGAGAUACGAAGAGAAUCUAGCUAUGGAGCUGGAGGAGACGCGCCGGACGGUAGACAGCCGGCAGGGAGCCGACUUCGAGUCGACGUGGGUCCGCGAGAUGGGCUGGGCAAGGCACCUAGCCGGCAGCGACUUUGGCGAGCACUUCCAAGCAGGUCGGAACGUUCUUACGGCGACGGAGCGCGCUAGGCUACGCUGCGAGGCAGAUAUCUCCGAGCAGGAGCGCCUCCUCCGGCUCGGGGCCAGUUUUGACCGGCUUAUCGUGAGAGGAAUCGAACGGACAGGUCAGGUGCCAAAGGAGGUACUCCGGUACCUAGCUAGUGUGGACCCCGACCGCCCGGCCGGUGGCCCGUUCAGGACGGAGAACGGCCGGGACACGAAGGAUCGAUACCAAGCCUACUGGAAGCGCUACCUCUACUAUUGCGUCCGGACUGAGCGACUCGGCCGAGACGAGGCCACGGAGAAGUUUCGGAUACGUUUCAACGAUGCCCAGUGGGCUGCACUUGAGGAGAUUAUCCGGCAACUCGACAGUAGCGACACGAGCGUCCAGGAUAACGAUAGCGACGACGCCUCCCCAGCUUCAUCGACCUAUAUCGGGUCUGAAGAGGCUGCGACUCCAGGGCACGAGGUAGUCGAAGGAGAGGAGGAUCCGGCCGAGGACCCGCUAGACGAGCCCGUUAUGGCCUUCUGUGUCGAGUCGUUACAGCACAAGGUUGCCGUCCACCUAUUCAGCAACCCGCUCCUGCACUUCACGGUCGUGCUCGGGAUUAGCAGUAACCGUAAGACCUACGCCUGGCGGCCAGCGACCGAGUUCACGCCUCAGGUAGCUGGGCUCGUCUGGUGUGCCCGUCUGAUCCUGCUAGAGUACAUAUUCGCAGGUUCAGAAGCCCAAGGUUGUCGGCACUGCGACAGACUACUGUCGCAAGUACGACGAACCACAAUCGGCGUUGCGACGACGGAUCGUCGCAAGGAUGGAAACACGAUGAAGGACAAAGGAUAUAUAGAUGGAGGAUCUCCUGGCCAGACAGUCGUUACCUUUGUACUUCAGCGAUCAAUCUAA